AUGAAUGAGAUCCAGCAUCAGGUACUACAGCUACCAGGAGGCAUUCAGCCUCAUUACUGCCGACUAUGCCGCAGUUUUGUUAUAAUUGAUGAUGUAAAAGAUACAGAAGACAAAGGAAAAGUCAAGAAGAACCUGCACAUUCGGCGGACGUAUACCCUAAAGCAAGUUUGCGAAUUUGCCAAUAGUGGCUGUGUGAUGUUCUCCUUACAGCUCACGGAGCUACAUCAAGCCGAAAACGCCCGCUUCCUUUCGAUGUCUGGUCUGCUACGCGAGAUCUGCGGAGCUGCAUGUAACAAGCGACUUCAACAGUUUUAUCCCCUUGUUCCUUCGCCUGUGUUGGAGGAAUUAAAUGGCUGGGGUCUUGAGAUUAAGCUUUCACUCGAAGAUGCAAGCCAGCUUGCAUCUGACUGGCUAGAAAAGGAUGGCAAGAGUCAAGAUUUAGAUCCGAGACCGAUGAUCCUCUUUACUGAUGAAGUAAGCUGUCUCAGCAGUCGUAUAGCGAACAGACCGUUGCAACCCAAGGCUGAUCUAAUGACGGCAAAGCGUUGGCUGCAAGAAUGUUUGGACUAUCACGAAGAUUGUGGGGAUACGGUCGAGAGAGAGAUGCCUAGUCGACUGAUUUUUAUAGGAGAUUUUCAUUGCACAAUCUUGCGCCUUGAAGACACAAAAACAGCCCAGUUUGUGCCCUAUGCAGCCUUGAGUUACUGCUGGGGCGAUGCCGGCCGCAACAGAUUCAAGACAGAAAAGGAAACCUUGGCUAUGCGAAAACAGGGCUUUGAUUAUAUACAGCUGCCUAGUACGUUGCGAGAUGCAGUAAAGGUAGCGCGCACCCUUGGUUUGGAGUACCUUUGGGUGGAUGCUCUCUGUAUUGUCCAAGACUGGAAGGAGGACAAAAGCAAAGAGAUCUCCAAGAUGUGGCAAAUCUACCAAGGCGCCACUAUUGUUAUUUCGGCAGCCCUAGCGUCACAUAGUGACCAAGGCUUCCUCCAUGAGCGCGACCUUGAGUCUUGCUAUCUUAGCACUUGGGCAAUCCCGUGGCACAAAGUCGAUAAUGAGGGUAACCGAUUCGAAGAGUUUGUGUUUUGCGUUGAAGGAGAGAUUAGGCGCGUCAGGAAAGAACCAAUUGAUUCACGUGCUUGGACCUUACAGGAAAAUGAGCUUGCAACUCGCGUUUUGCGAUUCGGGAGCUCACAAAUGAUUUGGCGGUGUCCCCAUGGCUACUUUGUUGAUGGAGGAUCAACUGAGGACGAACCCCUGGAUAAGUUCUCCACGGUUGACACAGUCAAGUGGUCAUACGAAUGGACAAACAUGGUUGAAGAGUUCACUACUAGGUUCAUCGGGAAAGCCGAAGAUCGACUACCAGCCUUUGCUGCUGUAGCAGCAGACUACGCUGAAAGACACAACAUCGGCCCCGACGAGUAUAAGGCAGGACUUUGGACCUCCUGGCUGGCGUUCGGCUUGCUAUGGUAUAUCAAGGAUGUUGAUGAUGAGGCCACCUACCCGGAUAUACUAUCAACUGAAGAGAAAUCUCCCACUUGGUCGUGGCACCUGGCUCGUAGCGGCAUAUCCUGGCCAGAGACCAUACCAUACAGAGGCGACAGCGAUAAAUUCAACUUAGUUGUGGAAAGUUCCCAGGUUGAACUUGCAGAUGAAAAAGUUGAAUAUGGGCGCGUUAAGAGAGGGUGCUUAGAGGUAUCUGGAGCAUUGCUCAAGAUUCACCUGCUGGGAACCCGACCCGUCUACUCCAAGCCCAAUGGGGAAGUGACUUCAGCCCCAAUUGUAAUCCGGUGGGAUAGCAAGGAUAUUUCUUCCGAGAAGGAGUUUUUUUGCUUGGAAGUCCGCGACGUGCACGAAUCUAUCGCAGAAGGCAUAGUCCUUAAACAAAGCGGUGGGUUUUUCUAUAGGGUCGGAUACUUUGAGCCAGACCGGAAAAGUACUCCCAUUGGGUCAAUUUGGCGAGAUCGGAAAACGAUUCUUAUUAGGUAG